AUAAAACGAUUAGCCCAAAGUUGAAGACACGGAAACCUUAAGCCCAAAUUCAUAAAUAAGUACAUUAGGGUUUUUAGCCGCCAGUCCCAAACACUCCCCCACCCCCACUUAGGAACCGAGAGGAGGAAGAACGACGAGAUGGCGAGGAUUAAGGUGCACGAGUUGAGGCAGAAGAACAAGACGGAGCUGCUGGCUCAGCUCAAGGAUUUGAAGGCGGAGUUGGCGCUUUUGAGGGUGGCCAAAGUGACCGGAGGCGCCCCCAACAAGCUUUCGAAGAUCAAGGUGGUGAGGCUCUCUAUUGCCCAGGUGCUGACUGUCAUUUCGCAAAAGCAGAAAUCCGCUCUCAGAGAAGCCUACAAGAACAAGAAAUACUUGCCACUUGAUCUCCGCCCGAAGAAGACCCGUGCUAUCCGCCGCCGCCUCACUAAACACCAGGCAUCUUUGAAGACAGAAAGGGAGAAGAAGAAAGAGAUGUACUUCCCAAUGAGAAAGUAUGCCAUUAAAGUUUAAGUUAAUUCCUUCCUUUUGCAGUUUUGCUUGUGUUGAUUUCUGAUCUUGGAGGAUAUUCAUAUUUUGUGCCAGUGAAUUUUUAGUUUUAAUGAAUUUGUAGUUUUCUGAUUAAUUAAAAUUAAAAGUGAUAUGUAGACUCUUGAAGUACCAUUUUCCAUCUUAUAUAAUGAUCCCACAUCUUUUUACAUGGCUUCA